GUAGAUGUUCAGAAAAUUAUUUUGUGGGUUCUGUAAUUAAACCAAAUCGAUAAGCACUUUUCAUGAAUUGUAGCAUAUCAUGAACCCCCCUACUCCUGAAAAUUAUCAAAAAUUGUUACUCACUGUUUAAUAGUUGAUUAAAUCUAACCCUAUCAAUUGGAAAUUUGCGCAUCGCCUUUUAUCAUUGCAAGAAUAAUUUAAUUUAGAAUUAGAUAUGCCCUACCUCCUGUCUCAGCUUAAAGAUCAACCUAUUGACCUUUAAAAACAAUAAUUUGUGAUUGAUAUCAUGUAUUAAUACUUUAGGAAAGAUGAAGAAUUAUUUAAGGAUUUGUUUAACCAAUUAUUAAGAAUGGACUAGUUACUCUUCACGACUGAGUUAAAAAUGUUAUAAACAUACUUUUAAUACCCACAAUUCUUCGAUCAAGAUAAAGUAUUGCCAAAAAUAAUUCAGAAUAUGAUUGCUAAAGAUGAUUUGGAGAUCUAUGAUUUAGUAAGUGCAUUCAAUGUAUUCUCAUAUAGUCCUUCCUAAUUAAAUGAAAAAAAUAGAUAAUCGCUUAAAGAUCUCAAGGAUAAAUUGAAUCAAUAAAUAAUCAAAAUAAUUCCAGCUCUAGGAUAAAAAUAGUUUAGAUAAUUUGUGGUUACCUUAAGAUCUAAAGAGUACUACAAUGAGGAAUUAAAGUAAGCUGUUUUCUAAUAUUUCUAUGACAACAAAGAUUUUCUUGGAUAAUCUUCUUUGGUUGAAUUGCUAAAUCUGUGCAAUCUGAAACUCUAUAUUAAUGAAGAUCUCAAGUAUUAAAUCUUAGUUUAGAUGAAUUUCCUGAAAGUAAAAGGAAUAAAUGAGUCAAAAUUAAUCAACAAAUUUGUGCUGCCUUCAGUAUUACUUUAUAAUUGACUAUUAGAUAUCAUUGGCUGAACAAGAGUUGAUGGCAAACCUUAUCACUUUGUCAGGUAUACAGUUAGAUAAGGAGUAUAUAAACACACAUUUUACAGGUAGUAAUUCUAAGAAAAGAGAAAAGCUAGAAAAGCUUGAACUUAAGGAUGAGCAGAUUUUACAGAUAGUUAAAUAAAUAUCGAAGUAUAUAGAUGGCUAAUUUAAUUAAUACUUAAGGUAAUAUUAUGAUUUAUAAUUAAAGUGUCAUACGAACAAUUUAAACUUUUGGUUUAUACCUUCCAGAAUUACUUUAACCUAUGAUGGAGGAAUUGAAGAGUAUAUUGAAUAAAUAAGCUGUUGGUCCAAAUGAUCUGCUAUCAUUAUUGAAUUAUUUUGAUAGCUGCAACAUACUAUUUGAUUAGCAGGACUCUAAAGGAAUGGAGUAUUUACAAAAUUAUUUGAAUCAGGAUUACUUUUCUAUUUAGAAAAUUGAUUAUUUGUAGAGAUAAUUCGCAUACAAAAGGAAUUAAAAUAAAAUGCGUGAAUUACUAGAUUAGAGUUAUACAAGUAGUUGGACAUUAGAAUUGUGUUCGAGAUAGGUAUUGCUCUAUGAACAUUUUAACAUACCUUUAUCAAAUGCUUUUAAAGAUAAAUUUUAAUAAGUUAUUGAAGAUUAUGUUUUAUAAAAAAGAUCUCCCUUUGAUUAAAUAGUAUUUUAUAAGUAAAUUGUUUUAGCCAGUUGGGAAAAACACCUUAAAUAGGAAUACAUGAAUUAUUAUAAUGAAGGUAAAAUGUAAUCUCAAAGAAUGAGAAGAGAAUAAACAAAGAAUUUAGAUCAAUCCUCAUUUCUAGAGUAGGAAAUCAAGAAUGAUAUUUUAAUGUACAUGCCAAAUACAUUUAAAUUGCAAUCCAAUCAAUAUGUAAAUGCCACAGAAAUUGAUUUCAUCAUAACCAAUGAAAAAGGAGAAAAAUUAUACGUCUAAAUUCAUGGUCAGACUCACUUUUAUCAUGCCUCGACUAUUUACAAUUACCAAACUCUAUUGGAGACAUUCUAUUUAGAAAAACUAGGGAAGCACAGGGCCAUCCAUUAUUAUCAAACAGAAACAUAGUGGAAACAUCAAAAAUAAUAAGCAGUGGAAAAAUUAUUAAGCUGUUUAAUGUGAAUAUUAUAGGCGAG